GCACACAAAAGCCUGAUGGUGAUACCACCGGUGACAGAAAACAGCAGCCAUCCACCCCGGAGGAGCUGUUUUCUGGCCCCAGCUGCAGCUAUGAGACGAGGAGACCAACUGUAGGAGACGUGGACACUGAUGCACCUUUAUCAUCAGCUCUGCAGCUGACUGAAGGAAGAGUACUCCUGGGGAGGCACAACAACUGGCAUUACUGGAGCAUAUCGAAGAGGCUGUUUUACAUAUCUGUUUUACAUAUUAAGGAGCUACAUCAAUGAGGACGCCCGGCAUGGCGGUAUUCAAGCAAGAGAACGUGGAGGAUUUUUAUGAAAUUGGAGAAACACUGGGAAGUGGGCAGUUUGCGAUUGUCAAGCGAUGCAUAGAGAAGAGCACAGGCAAUAAGUACGCGGCCAAGUUCAUCAAGAAGCGCCUGAGCGGGGCCAGCAGACGGGGUGUGAAAAGAGAGGAGAUUGCGAGGGAAGUGGACAUCCUGCAGCAGCUCCAGCAUCCCAACAUUGUAGCGCUCCACGAUGUUUACGAGAACCGGACAGAUGUUGUGCUUAUCCUCGAACUGGUCUCUGGAGGAGAGCUGUUUGACUUCUUAGCUCAAAAGGAGAGCCUCAGUGAGGAGGAGGCCACUCAGUUUAUCAAGCAGGUCCUACAUGGAGUGCAGUUCCUCCACUCCAAGAAGAUUGCACAUUUUGAUCUAAAGCCUGAAAACAUAAUGCUGCUGGACAGGGAUGCCACCUUACCCCGCAUCAAAAUAAUAGACUUUGGACUAGCACACAAAAUACAAGAUGGGACGGAUUUCAAAAACAUUUUUGGCACCCCUGAAUUUGUUGCUCCAGAGAUAGUCAACUAUGAGCAACUGGGCUUGGAAGCAGACAUGUGGAGCAUCGGCGUCAUCACAUAUAUACUUUUGAGCGGCGCGUCACCUUUCCUCGGUGACACAAAGCAGGAAACGUUAGCAAACAUCUCAGCGGUGAACUACGAAUUUGAUGAAGAGUUCUUCAGCAGUACCAGUGAGCUGGCCAAGAACUUUAUCAGAGGGCUCCUGGAAAAGGAAACGAGAAAACGGAUGACAAUAGAAGAUGCACUGAAUCAUCCUUGGAUUAAGCCUCUGAACCCCAGACAGGCCUUGGUGAAGAGACUAUCAGUGGUCAACUUGGAGAACUUCAAGAGACAGUAUGCUCGACGCAGGUGGAAGCUGUCAUUCAGAAUUGUGGCUCUGUGCAACCACCUAACACGAAUCAUGAAGAACCAUAAGAAUGAGAAGCUGCCUGAGGAGGACGGGAGGAAUUGUGAAAGCGACCAAGAAGAAGAAACUAUGAAGAGGAGACCAAGGACCAGAAAGAGAAGCAGCACUUCCUGAGAGCAACCCUCAGAGUGUCCGUCAGACAUGCAGAACAGUGACUUUGCACCUUUAUUUAGGGCAUGCUCUGCAACUGUUAUACGCCACUAAGCAUAGUUACAAUAUAUUUUGACAUGACAGCAGUAAAAGUAGAUUUUUUUUUAGAGUUUAAGGCAACUUCUUCAUUCUGAAUCAGCACAACUUCUGCUGUAUGUCGGACAUCGUUCCGGCAUGUUUAAACAUGUGCUAAUCUUGCACUAGUAGCUAUAGCUUGAUUGCUGUUGACAGGAACUGUUGUGUAUGUUAGCAUAUAUGUGAGCAUAUAUAUAUGUGUAUGCUAUAGACAGCUUCUGUCUAAAAAGUUCUCAAGCUGUUGUUUGGCACAGUAUUGAUACAGAUUGAUUGAUAUAUAUUUUAACAGAUGUUAGCAUCCAGAGUGUUAAAUUAAAGGGUUUAGCGCUGCAGGAUAACAACAUGACAGCAGAUCUUCAAAUGUUUACGUGUUGUGCUUAACGAUGUUUUAUCAUUAACUGUUAACCUCAAGAUAUAAGCCCCUAAAGCAUCUGUAUACUAUAUGUUUACAUAGGAUAUUUUAAUUUGUGCAAAUUUUUCUGAGACUGUAACUGUGUUUCAUUGACGAGUUCACUGACUGCAUGUAUCUACGGUAUGCCUAAUAUGUGAAUCUAAUUCUGCAGUUUUAAAUGGAAUUGAUAAGUCUUGCAAUACUUUCAUGUAUUUAUAAAUAGAUAUACAUCAUGUCUUAAGUUCACUUUUGCCUGUAUCUUAGCCUUCAGUGUUUUCAAGAAGCAUUUUACUUUCUUUAUAUGUGUAUAAAGUGUAAAUUGAGAAUGUGUUAAAUAAAUUAAUGAACCUUG